GGCGAGGGGGGCGGGCGCGGUGCCGCGAUGUGGCGGCGGCCGGCCGGGCUGCUGCUGGUGUUCGCGGGCUCCACCGCCGCGCUGUGGCUGCUGUCGGCGCGGCUGGGCGCGGGGCGGACGGGCAGGCCGCUGCGCUUCCCCUCGGACCUGGAGGAGCUGCGGGAGCUGGCCGAGGCGCUGCGGGACUACGAGCGGCGGCACCGCGGCGCGGCUGUGGCUCUGUUCUGCGCCGCCUACCUCUACAAGCAGAGCUUCGCCAUCCCCGGCUCCAGCCUGCUGGUAGGGCGCCGCGGGGCCGCGCUCCGUGCUGCGGGGCCGCGCCCGGCUGUCAGCACGCCGUUUUCCUCACAGAACGUUCUGGCCGGAGCGCUGUUCGGGCCGUGGGUCGGGCUGGCGCUCUGCUCCGCCCUGACGUCCGUGGGAGCCACCUGCUGCUACCUGCUGUCCGCAGCCUUCGGGAAGCGCGUGGUGGUGCGGUGCUUCCCCGACAAAGUGGCUCUGCUGCAGGGAAAGGUCGAAGAGAACAGGAGCUGCCUGUUUUUCUUCCUGUUGUUCCUGAGGCUGUUCCCCAUGACACCAAACUGGUUUCUGAAUCUCUCAGCUCCCAUCCUGAACAUCCCCCUGUCCCAGUUCUUCUUCUCCGUUCUCAUCGGUCUUACACCCUAUAACUUCAUCUGUGUACAGACAGGAGCCAUUCUGUCACAAAUCAACUCUCUGGAUGCCAUUUUCUCUUGGGACACGCUGCUCAAACUGCUUCUGAUGGCUAUGGCAGCAUUGGUACCGGGGACUCUGAUCAAGAAGUACAGCAAGAAGCACUUAAAGCUAGAUGAAGACGAGCACGCUCCGUUACUCAAUGGCAAAAAGAGCAUGUGAUGGCUCAGAUGGCCCAGGUGCUGGGGGACUGCCUCACAAAAGCUGCGGGUCUCUGUUCCUGUGGGUUAUAUCCUGCAUGCUCUGUGUCCUUGUGGACCAUGGAUAAUUGCAGCUUUUACUCUUUUCCUCAUCUAAGAGGAGGUUCUUCUUUUUAAUUAAUGCUUUAUCGUGCAUGGAUCUGCACUGAAAAUGUAAUAGAAGGAAACUUGGUGAA